CAGCGUCAGGUUUGGUGUUAGCCUACAGUGCUAGUGAGCGACCAAGCUAGUGAAACAGACAUGCUUUAUGGAUUAUCUGUCUGACUCUUUGUCACUUGUUAUUUUUGCGUUUAUCGGAAAAGAAGGUGAAAAACACAAUAGUCCUGUUUAUUACUGUGACUGACUUGGCAUUGAUAUAAGCUCAACGUUAGCUUAGCCGCUUCUGUCGUGUAGGCUCACGAAGGAAGCAAUGGACCGCCAUAGAUCCCACAAUCCCAGCUCCAGCUACCACAGCCACCAGUCAGCGUACAAAAGAGAAAGAGACGACACAGAAAGACAUCACUGUGAGAACAGACGCCACAAACCAAACCACCACCAUCCGUAUCAGUCUCGGUCAGCUCCUGGACAAAACCCACUUGGGCCUCAGAGUUUGAGCACCAGAAGGGAGCUUUAUGAAAGAGACUUUCCUGUGUACAAACAGCCUGUUGAAGUAGGAUGCUUUUCUCUCGACUCCCAGCGUAGAUUCUUCAACGACAGCAGGCAGAUGAGAUACUACGUGGAACCUGACAGACAUCCUAAUUUUGACCUGAGGGAUGGAUACAAGGACCGCUUUAUAAAGAGAGACGACAGUGUGAAGGAGAAGCUGGACCACAUCCUGCGCUGGAUCGUAGCUAACAGAUCAAAGUUUAACUCAAGGGUGACCACAGCCUCAUCCUCUGCCUUAGAUGUCGAUUUUGUGACAUGGCGGGGUCACCUGACCAAGCUGCUGACCACUCCCUACGAGACACGGGAGGGCUGGUUGCUGGCGGUCACCAGGUUUAGAGGCACGCUUUACAUCAGUGAAGUGGAAACAGAAGCUGCUCGCAGGGAACAAGAGAACCGCACCGAGAGGCAUGAAGAGAUGAUGUACUGGGGGUACAAGUUUGAGCAAUACACAUGUGCAGAAAACAUCCACAGUUUACCUGACCCGAGUGGAGCUGUUAACACUAAUGAGGCCUUCUGCACGGUGGUGCAGACUCGGCUUGCAGAUCACAGACUUCUGUUCUCCGGUGAGGUGGACUGUCGGGAUAAAGAUCCCAAUGCUCCAGCUCCGCCCGCCUGCUACGUUGAGCUGAAGACCUCUGCAGAGAUCUGCAACCCAAAACAGCGCAGCAACCUCUACAGGUUCAAACUGCUGAAGUGGUGGGCCCAGUCUUUCCUCCCUGGAGUCCCUCGUGUCAUAGCAGGUUUCCGGGACCAUGAAGGAGUGGUUGUUUCUGUGGAGACGUUUCAGAUCUCGAAGAUUUCACAUCUCAUCAAGAAUGAAUACAACUGCUGGAAGCCAACAGUCUGUAUGAACUUUUGCUGUGAUUUCUUGUCUUUCGUGAAGCAUGUGGCUACUGAAGACAAUCCCAGUGUGGUAUACCUGUUCUCCUGGGAACCCCGCAGAGAUGUAACUUACUCCAUCCACAGGGACUCCCAGUAUUCAUUCCUGCCACACUGGUAUAUCGAGGAGAUGACCAGUAGUCGAGACUCUGACGGUCAGUCCUGAUUUACAACGUUUAGUUAAUAAGGGCUGAUGAUAAACUGUAUGUGACCUCCAGUGGAGGGUUCUUUACCAGAAUACUGUGGUAUUUGAUGUGAGGACAGUUUGCACUGAUCACUACUCCAUGAUUCUCUGGAAGGAUUUUUUAAAAUAAUUUGUUCAUCAUUUGAAACUGAGCCAUGGUUUUUCAUGUAGCAUGUGGCGAUUUUAAAUAAAACAGUAAUCACAGUAUGGUGUCAAUAACAUGUUUCUCAAACUUUAUUAUUUCCUAGUUAUGACAAUAAUUUAAAUUCCCAAAAAAGUGGCAUGUUAAUUUAAAGAAAAUUAGAAAAAAAGGUUAAAAAAAAAGUGAUGUAAAUAAAUGAAGAUGACUUCAAGUAAGUAUUGCUUCAGCAGUUACAAAAUAUUUUCAUGUAAACUGUUAAGACAAAACAUUGCAGUGAAUUCAAGUCCAUUCUGAGACAGAAAACAAGAUGUCACUGUAAAAAAAGGCAUUGAAAACAAUUAUGAAGAAAACAGUAAUUAAUGUCUGUGGUUUUCUCUAGUAACAGUCAUUCAAAUGCGUCACUGGCUGCUGUUGUUUUUUUUCUUAAACUAAAAGUGACACAUUCAUCAGAGUUGGGCUCCUUAAUAAUUAAGUAAAGCUCAUUUCAUCUUCCUGCCUCACCUGACUCACCGACAUUAUGUUUUCUGCUUUUUCACACCUGCCAACCUCAGACUUAGCAAUUUUUCUGCUUUCCUGGACAUUUACUAUUCUGCUCUUUGCCAUUUUGUUUCUCUGUAGCUUUGAUGAUAUCUAAGACACAAAGAAUUACUAAAGUGCACCUGAAACCAGAAUGUGGACCAUUAUUUACUUAUACAACACUAAACAGGAGCGAUUCAAUGCUAAAUUUUAUAUCCCCAAAUUUAAGUACACGUUUAUUUGAUAUUUGAAUAAAAAACAUUAGACAUCAAAGGCCAUCUUGUAGUGAUAGUCAACUGAUGCACAGAUUUAUGCCGUGUUUCCAGAUAACAGGUCCAUGAAUCUGAAAUCAAGUUAAUGUCACAACUGAGUAAACUUAAUGAAAGAGGAGCUCAAAUCUGGUAAAUGUGUCAUUUCCAGCGUUUAGUAAACUGACAGUAUCCUAAACAACUGCAACUAGGCUACACCACUGGCAAUCAUUAAUACAAUAAGCAGUCAAAAGGCUGUGAUCUCCUAAAUAUGAUGUUACAAAGCACUGUUGAAUGCAAAACCUCUCAUAAUGAUUAAAAGUUUAACAGCAGCAACAGCAGUGAAUCAGCUGUUGCUGCAGAAACGUCAAUUUGCCAACUCACAGGAAGAACACUGUAAUAAACAAAUACUGUAAAUUACUGCAAACCCUAGGCUACUACUUUCACCACCAACAGGACACUGAGAUAACGGAAGACACCAGCAGGACAAAAUGUUCAUACUGA